GAAGACGACUGUGACGUAGGAGUUCGGCCGAUUCGACCUCUGAUUCCGUCACGACGUUCGGAAUACGAUCGUGCAGGCCCCGCGCACAAACUCGUGCGCAAGGAUGAGUUCGUGGACAUCGGCACGUGGAACAAGCUGCUACACCCCAAGCAGAGGUACACGAAACGCUGCAGACCGUCCGAAAACAGCUUCGAGGCUUCCGUAGGGAACGCGGAUUUCGUGAACCAGGACGACCUUCAUCAAGUAUUGGUGGAAGACGUGGGUCGCCUUCACAUCACCGAAGAUCGCCCGGUUCGUUCAGAGCCGGUGGACGAACACGUUGGCAACGCCGAUCUCUUGAUGAAGAGGCGGGCGAAUUAUGACAUGAUCAAGAGAAUAGGAAGGCAGUUGGAGGAAAUCGAGCAGGGGCGGCUCGCCAAAUUGCACCUGGAUCCAGCCGACGAGGACCCGAUGUUCGCGGCCGUGAUUCCUCGCCCCGACGCCGCGAACAGCGGAGACACGGCGUUCCACCGUGGCGAGCCUGUUCGGAGCAGCGCCGGCGGCACGGCUGUCAAAACCCGGCCUCGAACCGGUUCUGAUAACGCGGGACAUUUGUCGCCUGAUGACGUAACAAUGCCGAGUCGCCGUGGGUUCGGGAGAACUCCGGUGAGACGCCAUUCCAAAUCACCGACGGCUUCCCCGGUGCCCGGACGUGCUCCGCCUUUAAACAACGUUUUGAAGACCAGAUACGGCAAGAACGCGUCUGUGGAGGGAGGGGAAAGCACCUCUUCUACCGGGAGAGUGUCGUCCUCACGGAGUCGGACCUCCGACGAGCCCCACAUUGGUAAAUACAAGCUGCUCAAGACCAUCGGAAAGGGCAACUUCGCCAAGGUGAAGCUCGCCAAACACGUGCCCACGGGAAAGGAGGUAGCAAUCAAAAUAAUAGACAAAACACAACUGAAUCCCGGCAGUCUACAAAAGCUCUUUAGGGAAGUUAGGAUAAUGAAGAUGCUAGACCAUCCAAACAUAGUGAAACUGUUUCAAGUCAUUGAGACCGAUAAGACACUGUACUUAGUGAUGGAGUAUGCCAGUGGCGGCGAGGUCUUCGACUACUUGGUGUUGCACGGCCGAAUGAAGGAGAAAGAGGCGAGAGCAAAGUUCCGACAGAUUGUUUCUGCAGUACAGUAUUGCCACCAAAAGAAAAUAAUUCAUCGAGACUUGAAGGCUGAGAAUUUGCUGCUGGAUAGCGAGAUGAACAUUAAAAUAGCAGACUUUGGGUUCAGUAAUGAAUUUACGCCCGGUAGUAAGUUAGACACAUUCUGUGGCAGCCCACCGUACGCUGCGCCGGAGCUUUUCCAAGGAAAAAAGUAUGAUGGCCCGGAGGUGGAUGUGUGGUCACUGGGGGUGAUCUUGUACACGUUAGUGAGUGGAUCGUUGCCGUUUGACGGCUCGACGCUGAGGGAACUCAGAGAAAGAGUGCUACGGGGGAAGUACAGGAUACCGUUCUAUAUGUCAACAGACUGUGAAAACCUUCUUAAGAAAUUCUUAGUAUUAAACCCGGCAAAAAGGGCAUCGUUGGAGAAUAUAAUGAAAGACAAGUGGAUGAACAUGGGAUAUGAAGAGGAAGAGCUCAAACCGUAUGUGGAGCCUGAACCAGAUUACAAGGAUCUGAAGAGGAUAGAAGCCUUAGUCAGUAUGGGCUACAACAGGAGUGAAAUUGAAGAGAGUUUGGCCAACGCCAAGUAUGACGACGUGUUCGCCACCUACCUCUUGCUGGGAAGGAAGUCAUCAGAUCCGGAAAGCGAUGGAUCUAGGUCUGGUAGUUCAUUAUCGCUGCGCAAUAUCCCGCCCGCAGUGACGCAAGGCAACGCUCAGUCGCCGUCACACAGCCACAGAGGAGUCCAUCGCUCCAUUUCAGCCACCAACGCGAAACCGAGUCGCCGAGCGUCGUCCGGGGGUGAGACUUUGCGUGAGUCGCAACAGCAACAGCAGGGCACGGCUGCAGGGGGUGGCACAACUGCUGCUCCAAAUGCAGCGAACCACAAUCACACACCAGCUGGUAACUUCAAACGUCAAAAUACUGUGGACUCGGCUACCAUAAAAGAGAACACGGCGCGUAUCAACUCUGCCAGCGCAGCUGUCAGACCUGCAACGGUUAAGAACACGCCACUUCCAGGGAUUGAACCAUGUACGUCACCAUUUGACACUUCGUCAGUAAGCAGUCCUGGCAAACCUCGAGGCGUCACCAAGUCAAACACGAUGACAGGCAACAGAACGCUGACACCUGGCGUGUCAGUAGGCAGGAGAAGCACCAUCAGCUACGAUGCUAAGGCGGCCUCCAACGAGAAGACUAAUGCGGCAGGCGAUGCGCCAAGUUCCGUGGGAGUAGGAGAUGGGCUGCCAGUGCGCUCGGCCAAAGGCCAUUUCAAGUCUGCAUCCAUCUCUACCGCAGGCAGAGCUGAGCACCCGGCCCUAGAAACCCCUAUAGAUCCGCUCAGGCAAAGCAGUGGGAUUGGGCGAGGCCCUCCAGUGUCACCAGCAGUCAGCAAUCGGCAGUCACCUUUCCCUCGUAACGUGCCAAGCCGCUCAACAUUCCACAGCGGUCAGAAUCGUCAACGUAAUCACACGCCAUCAUAUGGCCAGACCACACCCAUGCAGUCGCAGGACACGUCGGCUAUCAGCCACUCAGGACGGACUUCAUCCUUUUUCUCAAAACUGUCAUCCAGAUUCUCCAAACGACCCAUGGACCCGGUUCCUAAACAUGUAGUUAGCAGUACAGGUAAUGAUGACCAGGUCAAGCCACGAUCUCUCAGAUUUACGUGGAGUAUGAAGACUACGUCAUCCCGAGAUCCCAAUGAAAUUAUGGCCGAAAUUAGGAAGGUUCUGGAUGCAAACAACUGUGACUACGAACAACGUGAGAGGUUCUUGCUACUUUGUGUUCACGGUGACCCUAACACCGACUCACUGGUACAGUGGGAAAUAGAAGUGUGUAAGUUGCCUCGUUUGUCACUUAAUGGAGUUCGCUUCAAGCGCAUCUCUGGGACAUCUAUUGGCUUCAAGAACAUCGCUUCCAAGAUUGCCAAUGAACUGAAACUGUGACUACCCCUGUUGGAGGGGGCGUGCAGUGAAGAUGAGGGGAGCAUGCCCCCUCCCCCUUCCACGGAACCGUCGCGGGGCUGACGAUGGAAGCUUGGCCCCCGGCGGCCCUGGAGGUUUCGGCGCUGAAAUGAUAGAAACUUGCCUUCUUUUAGCCAGCCUGUUGGGAAGUGGGUGGUUUCUUUGUUGGCACCUUCGAUGCUGUGAGCUUUGAAAUCACCUCUAAUAAUGGAAGGGCUAGUCUUCUGUCGGUCUUGAAGAUGAUGUUUAAGGAAAGAAAACUUUACUUUCCUGAUUGCAGCCUUGGAAAGCAAUUGCAAUAUAUAAAGAAGAAUACUCUGCAACUAUGUUGAAGGCUGGAAGGUCUCUAUGCUGUCUGAAAUGUUGUCUGUGAGAUUUUAGGUUCUUGUGGUGGUGAAGAUGAGAGUGUUGUUGUUCUGGGUUGUGGCGGUGUAUGGGCUCUGGUAGAUACUAACAUUUCAGUGAAAUGUACUGUCAAAGACAGAGACAGUAUGUUUAUCCAAAACAUUGGUAUUUAUGUAUGAGUUCACAUGGUGUCACAACCCAAAACACAUCAUGAAAUUUUCUCUGCCAUUUACAUUGGCUUUUCAAGAUUGACUUUUUUGAAGCAGUGAACAACACCAACACAAUUUUUUGGUCCUAUUUUAUUUUCCAAAUGAUUUUCACCUUCAGGCCUGGAUAUUUAUUGUUAAACACUUAAUACAAACUAUGCUACCCAAGUUAUAUGGUUUGAAUGACGCGUCAUGUUGGAGCCCCUUGAAGAUAGGGGGUUUACUGUAGUGAUCUAUUGAAAGUGUUUCUUCCAGUAAGCUUUGUGGCCACCAUUUGCAGCACAAACGUUUCCCAUCUGCACAUAUUGAGGUAUCUCAAAUAAUUUAAUGCACCUUUAGCUGUUUGUUAACCUAUGCAGCCCUCCUCAACUUUGACACACCUUAAUAUUGUUCUUAGUUAAAACUAUUACAAUAAAAUUUUUAAGAAGAAGAAUUGUGCCCUUAUAAUUGAUUGUAUGUAUAAAAAUAUUAUACUGCUGUCUUGUAUAGCAUGCAUAUUUUCUGUGAAACUUGGCACCCCUCCAUUUGUUUAAAGGAAUACAUUUUAGUGUGUCACACACGCAUUGAGAAUUGUGUUCUUGACUGAAAGUAGCAUUCAAGAGGUUAGUAAGGUAUUCCAUAUAGAAAGGGUAGAUUAAAUAAGAGUGUCUAUUCACUAAAUGGAAUACUUAAAAUUGCUUCCAUUUUCUUGAAAGAUAAAUGUACCUUCAGUAUUUUACAGUUCGCUCAGGAAGGGACCAACUCCUGCGAAGUGUACAGCGAUAUCGUGUGUGUGACUUACUGGUCUAUUAACUGCAGUAGCUUAGACCUAAAGAUGUGAUCAGAAGGGCAGUCCUUAAAGUUUCCAUACUUGUGUAGGGUUGGCACAGGAAUUAAACAAAGCUUGAAUGCACCCCUCAGACUUGUUUAAUUGAUGUGGUGAGGAUGAGAAGUGUUUGUGACUGUACAUCGGACCUGUAGCAAGAUUGGCGCGGUUAACACCGCCUGAUGGUUUGGUGUUAACUCCUGACAGGCAUACAGUAAGCUGUAAUGGAGUAGGUAUUUAUACAGGCAUUAAGCAUCUGCAUUGCGUUUUCACGCGACAUAAUAAUGGACAAACUUUGCAAGACGAACACUGAAUUGUUUUAUCAUGACUUUUCCCCCUUUCUGAAGUUACAUUGAACAGAUUUUCUACAGGCAUUUAAUUUUUUAUCGCAAAGACAUCUGGUAUGAAGAGAGUUAUUGUUUUAUGGAUUUGUGCCCCAAACAGAAGCCAGUCGUCUACUUCCCUUUCAGUGACAUACUGCUGCAUAAAACUGUACUUGCAAAAUUAGCCUUGUUCUUCAGAAAGUUGCAGAAAGUGAAAUAUUUUGAUGUAAGAAAGAAAGAAGUGAAUGGAAUCUUGUGUAUUUCAAGUCUGCAUUGCUACAAUAAUUUUGUUCUCCUACAGUUGUGCAAAGUGUAAAAAGAAAUUGGACAGAAAUUAAUUUAAAUAUCAAAUGAAAUUAGUUAGUGAAUAUUUGUAAAAAGAACAUCUUAAGUACAACAUGUGUAGAUGAAAUGUCCGAUUCAUCCUCGUUCCCUUCGUGAAGGUGGUGAAUAUCAAUAAUCAGUGUAACUAUAGGAACAGUGCAUCUCCGUUAAAUUUGUUUCUUGUAGAUCAGGCAUUUUGUAAACACCUAGAAAUUCUGGUGGACACCAGAAAUUCAGAUGUUAGAAGCUCCUAAUAGCUUUUAACAGUUUGUUGCAACUGCUGUGCUGUGCGAGUUGCAUCUUCAGAAUGCUCACCAUUGUAAAUAGUAUAUGUAGCCCAUACCAAGUGUAGAGUCUUAGGUAAUGACAUUUCUUGGUUGCUUUAAUUAGUGCCCUUUACUUUUGCAAAACAAAUUAUGUGAAGAAAAUUUACAAUUUUUUAUUCUGAAAGUGAAAGCAGAUUUUUUUUAAUACAGGCCAACAUUUAAACGUAAUUUACAAAAGACAUUUCAGGUUGGUACAGGUUUACAUUACAGUUGUUUGCAGUUUGUCAUCUUUGAUUGCAACAAGUAAUGAUUUUUUUUAAAUAUUUCCUGUCAUAAUUGUCAUGGGUACAGGUACCAAAAUCUCAAGUUGCUUUAUAAAUUUGUUUUGUUUUGAAAACAUUUUGAAAGAAAAGAUCCAUUAUGCAGCUCAGAACCCUCGUCUUCAUAAAGCACCACUCGAGCACCACUGUUCAGUUUAUAAUAGUAAUUAUUUAAUGUGUUCCCUUACGAGCUGCCAGCGAAGGUGUGCUGUACUGUGCAUUGUGUACGUUAUCAGAUUUUCCCAGUGAACAGAAGAAUGCUAAUUGCAGUUUGUUAUAAAAUGCAAGUAAAUGGUGCUUAUUGUAGGAUUGUGCAUUAAAAUGUUGACAGCAGUUCCACCUCACAAACUAAAGCUGUUAACUGUUUCUUGUCUAUGUGUCUUAUCUGCAAUUAAAAUGGCUGAAAUUAUCAGAUUCGUCCAGCCUCUGCCCAGAGGUAGGACUUACUUGAAUAUUAUUUUUAAAUUAAAUAUCAUACAAAUGACUUGUUGGCAUUGAGACUUAUAAUGUAUUAUGCAUAAAACACUGAAAUGUCAGUCAGCUCUAAAAUGUUGCUGCAUUCUGUAGGUAAUACUGCAACCAAAAGAAAAAAAAUAAAUUGUUUCAAUUAAUUAUGUUGUCCCACAUAGAUUGAAUCGCUUUACAUGUUUGGGAAGUUGAGUGUCAUGUUGAACGUUUGGUUCAAUCUUCCGCAUUCACCUGUCAGGAACUAGAGUCAGUAAAAGCUGUGCCAAAGGGCGAAACACGAGACGUUUAGUCUCAUGUUUGUUUUGAAUCUGCGUGCUUUGGGAUCAGAAUGAUGCAUUAAGUCUGUAGUGUGAUCGGUUAAAAUGCCUCAUAAUUUGACCGGUCUGGUUGAGGGGCUGACAGAAUCUUGACUUCCUGAAAAUAUUUUAACAUUUUCAGGAAAUCCCAAGUUUUUCUUCGUGACAUUGACCUGCUGUGAGGAAGUUUUUAAAUGGAUGUUUGUUUUCAUUAUGAACCUUCCUGAAACAAUAAUGUAAAGAUGGUGGACAGCCAGAAGCUUAUGCACUAUAAGAAUGUUGUUUUAAUGAUCUCAGAUUUGAUCUUCUCUGUUUAUGAAAGUGUGCUUGAGGAAACAGGUGGGGUUCCUUUGCACAAUUUGUAUGAAAUUGUCGCUAAAUAGUGGCAUUUCAAAGCUCAUUUUAUAUAAAUGUGGUGACAGCAAUUUUAAACCCAAACACACAUUGCAGUUGACCUCCGUUUGCACCAAUACUCUUUGUCUUCUAACAAAUGUUGGAAGUCGGUGAAGCAGUUCACGCUGUAAUGGUACCAGGCCUAGGUGUAAGUAGACGGUGCUUAUAUCCAGGUGGCGCAACAUAUACCGUACCUAAGCUUGGCUCCGUUGUUUAAAUUGAAUCCUCACAAAUUGUGUGUGGAUGUGAUGUUUGUAUGUGUGACCAAGAGUGGAUAAUAUUUGGUAAAGCAAAAAUAAAUUAAAGUGAAUGAUACAUGAAAGAAGGUAAAUUCAAUGGCACAGGACAAAAUACUAACAUGGAUAUAGAACAUGUUUGUUUGUUUGUUUGUUUGUGACAUUUAAAAGAAAGUGUGAAUCUACAGACUGCCAUUGCAGGAAUGAAUAUGUGAAAAUAAAAAUGAGAUCAAGGUCAUUCUUUUCCAGGAAUCCAUGUAUCGGUUUCAUUGCAAUUACGUGAAAGAGGAGGGAAUGUAAGCAAACUCUAAAAUUGCAUCCCCCAAUAUGUAUGCUUUGAAUGCUAGAUGUGUGUGUUGGGCACUACACGACAAGGGAAGGAUAUGAAAGUAUGUAAUUUAUUACCUAACAUGACAUGUCCCUGUUAGCACAUCAUUGCCUUUCCCUGAAGGAAUCACAAAUGAAUUUUUCCUGUAGAUAACUGAUAAUCCUGUUCGCUCCUCAUGUAAAGUACAAUAGGCAUCCCUUUUUUUCUUUCUUUCUUUGAAGCUCUGUAUUUUAAUAUUCUGGUGGAAGUUUGAAGCAUGGGGAGUAUGACUGUAGCAUUAAGAAAUAAAAUUUAUAAUAAAAUGAAAUAACUUA